GCCCAGCGCGCGCGGGGAUCCCACCGCAUCCUUGCCCGGGAGUGGUCGGUCGGUCCCCCACGCGCCGGCCUUCUGCGCUCCGGGGCUGCUUUUCCGCGCCACUUAGCCUCUAUCCGGGUGCGGUGUCCCGCUGCGUGAGGAUGAAACAUGACUGAGGACUUUCAGAGAAACUUUCGCUCAGUAUAUUAUGAGAAAGUAGGAUUUCGUGGAGUGGAAGAAAAGAAAUCAUUAGAAAUUCUCCUCAAAGAUGACCGUCUAGAUAUCGAGAAACUCUGCACAUUUAGUCAGAGGUUCCCUCUCCCGUCCAUGUACCGUGCUUUGGUGUGGAAGGUGCUUCUAGGGAUCCUCCCUCCACACCACGAGUCCCAUGCCCAGGUGAUGCUUUAUCGCAAGGAGCAGUACUCUGAUGUGCUACAUGCCCUCAAAGUCAUUCGCUUUGUCAGCGACGCCACACCUCAGGUCGAAGUCUAUCUCCGCAUGCAUCAGCUGGAGUCUGGGAAGCUGCCUCGGAGUCCCUCCUAUCCACUGGAGUCAGAAGAUGAAGUAUUUCUUGCCAUUGCUAAAGCUAUGGAAGAGAUGGUGGAGGAUAGUGUCGACUGUUACUGGAUCAUUCGAUGCUUUGUGAACCAGUUAAAUAACAAGUAUCGCGAUGCUCUUCCCCAGCUGCCAAAGGCGUUUGAACAGUACUUGAACCUGGAAGAUAGCAGGCUGCUGAGCCAUCUCAAGGCAUGUUCUGCAGUGUCCAGGCUUCCUCAUGAUCUUUGGUUCAAGAGGUGCUUUGCGGGGUGCUUACCUGAGUCCAGUUUACAGAGGGUUUGGGAUAAAGUUGUGAGCGGAUCCUGUAAGAUCCUGGUUUUUGUAGCUGUGGAAAUUUUAUUAACCUUCAAAAUAAAAGUAAUGGCACUGAACAAUGCAGAGAAGAUAAAACAGUUUCUGGAAAAUAUUCCCCAGGACAGCUCUGACGCCAUUGUGAGCAAAGCCAUCGACCUGUGGCACAAGCACUGUGGGACCCCAGUCCAUUCUGCCUGAACCCCGGCCACACCCGACCUGAUCGCCUUGGUCCUUGCCCCACAGUGUGCUCACCUGUCUGAACAGAGGGAAUUUUUUGCUUCGGUGCUCAAAGUCCCCACUUCGUUUGUUUGUUUGUUUUUUGUUUCUCUCUCCAGUAUAAUUAUUUAAGUACUUGAUAUUCCCAUGUGGUGGAGCAGCUUCUCAGAUAGAAGUUCCGAGUUCAGCUCUGAAGAGUGUUUCUUUUUUUUUUUUUUUAAAUAAAGCGUCGUUGGGAAA